GUCCGGCGUGAGGCACGCGCACGUACAAGCCCGUACAAGCGUUGUCGUGCAGAUUACUGUCCCAUCGGAAGAGUUGCAUUUGACUUUUAAUGCACUUUGAGGCCAUGAACAGUUCGAGACGAUGAGCUAAUCUGGGCCGCAGUUCGCUCGGCUGGGCUCAGAUAAGUGUUGGCGGAGGAGGGACGGUGAGUGAAUGAAACGUCGCCCGCAGCAGUGGAACAAAGGGGUCCUCUUCCCUGGACCUCACCAUUGUUUAACCCGGAGCGAGGGCGCCUCUUUCCCCAAGUGGUCCGAAGGUAAGGGGCAUCCUGUGCUCCAGUCAUGACCGCUGGGAAUGGCAAUACAAACAGUAGCCGAUACAGAGGAGAGAGCAAGCCAGCCCAGACCGUAGUUAAAUCCCACAUCCUGACCCAUUUAAUAGAGGGCUUUGUUAUCCAGGAGGGUGCUGAGCCUUUCCCUGUGGAACGUCCUUCUUUCUCAGUUGAUUGCCUCAGAAGACACACGUCUGACUCAAGAAUGAAUGGGCUUUCAUCAAAGGAUUUAAAGGCUCACCAAGAGCCCAUGCUUACCUGUGAGCUUUGUGGCAAGGUGGACUUUGCGUACAUCUUCAGAAGGUCCAAGAGGUUCUGUUCGACACUAUGUGCGAAAAGAUACAAUGUAGGAUGCACAAAAAGAAUGGGUCUCUUCCCAAACCGCAAAUCUACCACUGAGGACAUGAAGAAACAAAGAGGACUGAACGAAAACAACAAAAACUCCAGUUUGGAGUCAAAAGACAAGGCGUCUUCCUGCGUGCGGAAGUCUGCUGGUCACAUGACUCACGCCGCACAGGGAGAAUCGAGCCAAUGUUCAGACUUAUCCAGCUAUAAACCAGACCCGCCCCCUCUCUCGGCCCACCAGUGGGGGCCUCGAGCGCAAGGCACUGAAGUCCCAAGGGACCCCAGCCAGUGGAACGUGGACGACGUUUAUGUUUUCAUCUGCUCUCUGCCAGGUUGUCUGGAGAUCGCGGAAGGCUUUCGUUCGCAAGAGAUCGACGGUCAGGCUCUGCUCCUGCUGAAGGAGGACCAUCUCGUGGGGGCCAUGAACAUCAAACUGGGCCCCGCGCUCAAGAUCGCUGCCCAAAUUGGCAUGCUCAAAGACAAAGUUAAUUGACAAAAUUACAUCACAAUGACGGCGAUUUCAAAUCCACCUGUUUUCCAAGCCUCAUGCCGUAGCUCAUCUCUCAUGCAUGCAUUUUAUAUUUAAUCUUUGGUGCAGGGAAUGAGUCAAAAUGUUACAUGGCGCGUAAUACUGUACGUGGGUACUUUCCAGAAGUCCUUUGUUUCACAGUAGUUAAAAGGUUAGUUUGUCACUUUUUUGCUAUAAAACCAGUGAUGAGCAUCAACAGUUUUUGAGUCUUUCCACAAAAUGCAGAAUAGCAGAAUUUGUUUAUUUUAGAGAGAUGCAAGCGUUUGUUGAUAUUUUGCAGAGCUUUUUGUAUGGUUUGUAAGCUGACAGACCCACAAUCCCUCAACAUAUCUUUUAUACAACACAUGCAUUAUUAGCACAGCGAACACAUUCUUGCAAAUUAAAAUAUUCCAGCCAAGAAACUAUAAUAAUCUCCUAACGGCGUGUGCACGGUGCAAAUGAUUGACAACACCUCUCGCUCACACCUUGUCGCUCGACUCUCUGAUUGGCUGUUCUUGUUGCGCCAUGACACAUUUUAAAUAAUUAGUUAGAGGCAUAUAAUGGGGCCAGAUGGAUGAUUUUUCAAAAGAUUAAUAAUACAGUGGAACCUUGGUUCACGAACAAUUUUUUUAUUUUUAAAAAUAAAAAUUACCUCGGGUUACACACUAUUUUCGGUUUAUGAACAGUCAUGGCACAGCCGGAGAAAGAUCAGAAGUUUGUGCUUUUCCCCACGCUGCAUAAAUAUCAUUGGCUCCGUGCUUCGGAUAUCUUUGUUUUUUGCCUAAAAUGGCCGCCACAUCCCGCAAAGCAAUGCAAAAGCUGCGCUCCAUUAUGGGAGGUGGUGGCCAUUUAAGGCUAGCAGUAACCACAGUGAACAUCAACAUUGCUGUACCCGAAAAGGCUAAGACACUGCAAAGUGAUUUGCUAGCGAACAGUUAUUUCAUUAUCAUAAAUUGUGUUCUCAGCUAUUUCUAUAUUGCAUGGUGUUUACUUUUUAACCACACAGUGAUCAAAAUAAGGUAAAUAUAAUGUCAUUCUGGAUUAAUUGCAUUUACAUUCAUUUUUGUUUAAAUUUGAGAACAAACAGGGUGAUGGAACAAAUUAAAUUUGUAACCCGAGGUUUCACUGUAUUCUAGUGUCAGGUCAUCCAGACCGUCCGUCUAACAUGUAUGACCAAAAUUUAUUUUUUUAAUUAUUUUUUUUAACCUGCAAACUUCCCCUUUAAAUACAUUGACACUAUUCACACAGCAAUCUGGGAUUUAAACUUAACAUUUCACUGAAUUGAUUCCAAAACAUUACAUCUUGAACAUGUUCAUGUAUUUUAUUAAAAAUAAUAUUUUCUUCA